GUCACGCAGCUCAGAAAAGUGAGGUUACCGUUGAAAAGUUGGACUUUGCAAGUUAUGUCAUUGUGAACACCAUGAGUAUGCAAGGUAACGGCGUUGAUAUGUCCGCGCUCAUGUCGCAACACCCUGUGCUUGGUGCCAUACCGCCCGCGUUCUUUCUGAGGGCCUCAGAAAGGUAUCAGAGAACUCCGAAAUGUGCCAGAUGUAGGAAUCACGGUGUAGUGUCCGCCCUGAAGGGGCACAAACGUUACUGCCGAUGGAGGGACUGCAACUGUCCGAAAUGCACGCUGAUUGCCGAGAGGCAGAGGGUCAUGGCUGCCCAAGUGGCGCUGAGGAGGCAGCAAGCUCAGGAGGAGAACGAGGCAAGGGAGCUGGGGAUCCUGUUUCCAACCCCAAAUCCGGCAGUCGGUGAGCAACCAAUUCCCACGACUCCGAACAUUCAGCCGUCGAACUCAGAGGUUAAUCUGCCUCCUCUGAUGCAGAGGAGUCCUUUCGUCGGUGCUGAAGCCUCAGAAAGAACUGUUUCACCUGGAAACAAAAGACCAAGGAUCAACAUCGAAGAAUCCCGCACAGAAUCAGAUUCCGACCAAGAGGAGGCCAAGAGGAGCCGCCACUCAUCUCCAAACCCACCCCAAACACACCCUACGACGCAGACUCCCUCCCCCACUCCUGCGGCUAGUCCAGAUCCGGACCUGGACGUCGGUGAGGACACCCAGGGCGAAGCUCCGGAAAACUUGUCACUGAAGAAGUCUCCCAGUCCCGAAACGUCGCCACCGCCGACGAUGAGCUUUCCUCAGUAUCCCCCUUUCAAUCCUUUCCACCAGUUUCCGUCGCAGUUCGUCGGACACAGAUCUCCCAUCGAUGUGCUGCUCAGAGUUUUCCCGAACAGGAGAAGAGCGGACAUAGAGGCGGCCCUGCAAAGAUCCAAGGGCGACGUUCUUCAGGCCAUGGAGUUCAUGGUGACCGGCGGCACGGAAGACAUCUCGACGCCUUCCGCCUUCUCCCCCUUGGGACCCCCGCCCAACUUCCACAGGUUCAGCCCCUCCAGGAGAUUUCUAUCUGCACCCUACGCUGGCACGGGUUAUCUUCCGACGGUCAUCAGACCACCUCCAGAGUACGCCCUACCCCUCGUGGGAGCCGUGCACGACAUGUACAAUAGCGAAAAAAUGACCGCUUCCUCGCCGGGUUCGAACACGGGCUCGGACAAGACGUCCUAUUCGGAGUGAACGAGCAGGUACGUUGCCAGGAGUUCUGAAUGCUAGUCAGGAAGGAUGCAAACUGAUGAGUGAUAGGGGUAGGUUCUGGGCAUCUUCACGACGUUGUCGAUCCUUCGAUCUGGAUCUGAGUUUCUCGAGUCGAAUAUUCUACGGUUGGUGGAAGGGUUUGAAAGAACCAACUGCAUAGAUGAAUUACCAGAUUUUCGUGGUUCCUAUGUUCGUGAUUCCAACAGAAAUCGCGCGUUUAUCGCUGAGGA